GCUCUAUUACAGUGCUUGUGGUCAAGGCUGUUUCAGAUAUUGUUUACUACAUUAUACAUGUACAUUUCGUUACUCGUUACUACCUCAUUCACAAAGGAAAUAAUGAUGCAUAAGAUCAAAUGCACGCAUUGCAUGUCUAUUCAAUUGGAUGGCUUUGAUGUGCCUACAGAAACAGUGUAAAGAAGUGGGGUUGAGGCGAAUAAUGAACCUGCCGCCUGUAACUGCAUGACUUGCAUAAUAUUCAUCAUGGAAAAUUUCACUCCCUAGGACAAGGCUUCAAGCGACAGUACGUGAGUUGGGACAGAAAAGUCGUCCCUUUGAACGCGUAGGCCUACUAUCGAAAUAUAUCAUCAUGUAGGCUCACUGUUGUCAUCAUCGUUGUGACUGGUGACUAAUCAUUUCCGAAAAUGGCGUCAUCUGAAAAUUACGACGACGACAAGUGGGGCUGGAUCAUGGUAGCCACCUUGUUCAUCUGCAAUUUGGUGGUGUACGGUAACUUGAAAGCGCUGGGUGUCCUCCUCAUUCCCAUGACCAACGACCUGGACAGCGACUUGUGGCUGGUCGGAUGGGUUUUAAUCUUCUAUGGAAUAAUGCAUCAUUGCAUGGGGCCUGUCGUCGGAGCUGCGUGUCGCCUGCUGGGCAGCCGUCCCAUGAUGGUGUUUGGUGGACUUCUUGGUACGCUAGGCUUCAUGCUGACGUCCAUAUCAACCAGCGUUUUGGCAAUGACCAUUUAUAUUGUGGGAUUGGCAGGUGUUGGGUCUGCAUUUUGUUUGUUCAUUAGCUUGGCAACAAUGGCUUCAUACUUUAAAGAGAAAUUCCUACUCGCCGCUGGAAUAUCGAAUUUGGGUAUUCCUAUUAGCAUGAUGGUUUACGGACCCAUGACCCAGGUACUUCUUGACACCUAUGGUUGGAGAGGAACCACGCUCUUACUGGGAGGUGUCUCGUUUCAUCUGGUGGCGUGCGCUAUGUUAGUGCGACAGGAUCCAUCUUCUUCUUCACCAGACACUGAGAAGUACCAAGAAGUUCCGGUAAGCGAUGAGGACGAAAGCAAAGAAUGUAGAGAAGGGAUAAUUUGUCUCAAUGACAAAACUGAUACCGAUGGUACAAGUUGCUCAGAUCCAGGCCCUUGUAAAAGGGCACGGCAGUGUUGCCGACUCGUCGUGGAAGCAAUGGAUUUUGCAUUGCUGGCAGAUGUUAGGUUUGUUUUGCUGACUGGUGUGAAAGCCGCAGCAAAUUUUACCUAUUAUGCGUGGGUGGUUUUCAUGGUUUCGCAUGGGCAGUUUCAGAACCUCAGCGAAAUCCAGGCUUCGUUUCUUCCCACUUCGUACGGAGUUGGCAACGCCAUUGGAAAUUUGAUAGUGCCUCUCCUUCAGCAGGUCGGUAUAAAACCAUCCAUGACAUUUUGUGGGUGUUUCGGGACGAGCCUCGUAUGUGUAUCGCUCCUCCUAGACGCCUUCGUCAGACCGUUCAUCGGACAGUUGGCUCUUACUGGACUCGUCGGCGUUGGUUACGGUGUGAUGUUCCAAGCCAUUGAUGUCAUGUCACGGUUCAUUACGACGGAUGACCGGUUGGUUAGUGUACUGGGCUGGCAAGGAAUGUUUAGUGGUGUUGCGGGGACACUUGGCGGAUUGAUAUCAGGGCAGAUUUACGAGUGGACGGGAAGUUUCAGCGUGGCUCUCUGCUUGUUUGCUGGAAUUAUAUUGCUGUCGAUCCCCCUAUUAGUUACUGAAGCUCUCUAUGCCAAGCGACAGGCCUCGGUGGACCUUCAGUGAUGAUGAGCCAAAAAUAUCGUCAGCUUUACACAAACAGCGAUUUCUUUUUAUGCAGACCUCGUUUUCUUACAACGGGGGCCAUGCCCCCCCCCAAAAAAAAAUAAUUAAUUAAAAGAACCAUUUUUUUAAGUGACGUUGCAAAGAGGCAGCCACUGUGUACGUCAAAAUAUUUUGCCUGCAACAACUGGUUAAAGUGGUCAGAUCGCAAAACGGAGCAUCUAGACUUCUAGAAAAAUGCUGGGAUUGUUGCAGUCGUCCUUCCUCCAUGGUGAAUCAAAAAUUCUGAAAGAGACGCUUAAACUGCUUAAAACUUUUCGUGUGUGACUGGACGUUUGUAAACACUGGCAAUCGUGGACUAGGGACAAAUAAAUUGGGGCACAAACAAAGGGUCCACGAUUGACCGAACGACCACGACUAAAAAUCUUGUAAUCAAUGAGUUGUUGCCAACAAGUUAGAAUUCGUUGAUGUUAUAUG